AUGACCCACGAACGAUUCACUUUCAUUAUAGACUGUAAAAAAUCAUCACAGUCACAAUAUUGUAACAACACACGACAACAACUACACCAAAAUAAUCAAAACUCAAAUUACACAGACAAACGACAACAACCACAUCAAAAUGAUCGAAACUUAAAUUGCACAUAUAGACGCCAACAGCCACAACAAAGAGACCAAACACCGUUUAUACCUAACAACCAAUAUAAUUAUAACAAUAAUUUUAGGCGACACAAUCAGAAUAAAACCGGUAACUCAAUUCGGACUAGAAAUUUCCACUUGAGUGUUGACACACAAUACACUAGAUUAAGUCAAAAUGGAACAGGACCCCAACCUAUGGAUGUUGGCAAUUUACAGGAAGACUUAAAUUUUUCCCAAACGCCUCAAUUUGCAAAUUGGUUCUGA